GAAUUGUAAGCGCGCUCCAGGCAGCUGUUGAGCCGGGGCGGCCGCCAGGUUUCUGCUCCCUCCGAGGUGCCUGCCGCAGCCAAUGUGCCCCGGUGGGCUAGGGCGAGAGCUGUCGCCGGUUCGGUGCAACUUGGGAUUCAGGACCCGCAGCAGGGGCGUCGGUUUGCCAUCUGGACUCGUCGACGAGGAUGGAAAUCCUGUAUGAAUGUGGAAGCCAUUAGCAGAGUAAUUGCUGUCCGUUACCAUGACAACCAGCCGCUGCAGUCACCUGCCCGAAGUGCUGCCAGACUGCACCAGUUCAGCUGCACCCGUGGUGAAGACCGUGGAGGACUGUGGCAGCCUAGUGAAUGGGCAGCCUCAGUAUGUCAUGCAAGUUUCAGCCAAGGACGGGCAGCUGCUUUCAACAGUAGUGCGGACCCUUGCCACCCAGAGCCCCUUCAAUGACCGGCCGAUGUGCAGGAUCUGCCACGAGGGCAGCAGCCAAGAGGACUUGCUCUCUCCAUGUGAAUGUACAGGGACCCUGGGGACAAUUCAUCGAAGCUGCCUGGAGCACUGGCUGUCAUCCUCAAACACCAGCUACUGUGAACUCUGCCACUUCAGGUUUGCAGUCGAGCGCAAACCCAGGCCGUUAGUGGAGUGGCUCAGAAAUCCAGGCCCCCAGCACGAGAAGCGGACUCUGUUUGGAGACAUGGUGUGCUUCUUGUUCAUCACUCCUCUGGCCACCAUCUCGGGCUGGCUCUGCCUACGGGGCGCCGUGGACCACCUGCACUUUAGCAGUCGGCUCGAAGCCGUCGGACUAAUUGCACUCACUGUCGCACUCUUCACUAUUUACCUCUUUUGGACAUUAGUGUCAUUUAGGUACCACUGUCGAUUGUACAAUGAAUGGCGUCGGACCAAUCAGAGGGUGAUUCUCCUCAUUCCAAAGUCUGUCAACGUCCCUUCUAACCAGAAGUCCUUGCUGGGCCUCCACUCUGUCAAGAGGAACUCAAAGGAGACGAUUGUUUGAUGUUUGUGUGUUUGGUUGGUUGAUUUGUUGUUUGGGGUUUGGAAGUUUCUGCACUGGGCCACCCCGAAACCCUUCCUCGAGCCCAUGGGUCGAAGAACAUCCAGAGCCAUGUUAUCAUGUCACCCUGAGCAACAGACUCCGCCUGAAGAAAGCGAAUCGCUCUUUGACUUCAAAUCACGGAUGCUGCAAUCAUAUGAUAUUUGCUGAGCUGCCAAACGUGUAUUUAGCAGAUACUGUACGGAAUUUUCUGAACACCUCUUUAACAUAUGAGGAAGGUUGUCCUGCUAAGGAUGCAAUUCAACUCUUCCUUUUUUAUUACUAUUUCAAAUAUAUAUAUAGAUAUAUAUAUAUAUUAAACUUAGAUGAUAAUCAAAGAUGAAAAGCCAAUGUUAAAACUGAUUUCAUGGUUGGUUUGGAUGGGUUUUGUUUGGGUUCGUUGGUUUGUUUCCCAGUUUCUACUGUAGAUUCUUUGGGGUAAUUUGAUAGCUUGAGUGUCUUUUCCAUCUCUUCCAUGCCCCUUACUCAAGGGGACAGAGUAGCAGCUGCAGGACAAGUCAUAUUUGAAGGAUGUUUUGUACUCAACUUCAUUUAAUUAUUCAGUUUUUAAAGGAAAAACAAGCGUGGCGACUCUCCCCACAGUGAACUGUUUACUUAAAUUUCAUUAAGGAGAAAAACAAUUUAUGGUGAGA